UUUUUUUUUACAGGCAUUUAAACCUGCAUACGUUUAUUUGUACCACAUUCCAUAAACUGGCUACACCAUCUUAAAGAUAAGUCAGUUAACAACAUCUGUUUAUUUCAUGAUCAUCAUAAUAAUAUUAACAAUUACGCCUGAGAUGUACUAUUCGCACAGAAGUUUAUUCAUAGAAGUUUAUUGUUUUACCUAAAAGCAUUUGAUAACGUAAUUGUAGUCUCACACUUUCACAUGAAGGCAACAGGAGGAGGGAGGCACGGCCAGCUGGAUCAAACUUCCCUCCCAUCAUCAUCAUCCUCCGCAGCAGGAGCAGAGCAGCAACAGGAGCAGCGUGCUGCUGUCAGUAGGGAACCAUGUGCAGCUCGCUGAGCCCAAAGCAGCCCUGCGGUCCUGGGCUGACAGACAUGCAGCAGUACCACCAAUGGCUCUCUAGUCGACAUGAAGCCAGCCUGUUGCCCAUGAAGGAAGACCUCGCCCUGUGGCUCAGUAAUAUUCUCGGUCUGGAAAUCACCGCUGAGAGCUUCAUGGAUCGGUUGUUAGACAAUGGUUUCCUGUUGUGCCAGCUGGCUGAGACGCUGCAGGAGAAGUUCAGGCAGAGUAAUGGAGACCUGCAUGAGCCUGGCAACAGCAAGGUACAGAGGAAUCGGAGCGCCGCAGUUAGAUGGCGUGAGACAGAUUACAGUGAAAACACUCAUUUGGGAGUUAGAUUGAGGCUGAGAGUGUUCCCAGACGUACUUUUAUUGUGAAUGAUUUUUGCAGAGCUUUGUUCCCAAGUGAAAAUAAAUCCUAAAAGGGUUCACUGAUUUGAUCUGAUUGUGAUCUGACCUUACUGAGCAAGGAUCACUCUGGUCUCGAGUCUUUUAACAGCUCCCCUUGAACCGAUGUUAGCUCAUUAUCAUAGGU